AUGGAAGAAGUAUGGUUAUCUAGUAAAUGGAUCAAAGAGCUGGCUAUUGUCAAGUCGGACGAAAUUGCAGAUGAGGCAAAGAGGGUGUUUGGAGAUGAGGUCAAUGUUACAACUGAACGUCAGCGCCACUUGAGGGCCGUCAUCGGAUCUCAAGAGUUCAAAGAUCAAUAUUGUCGGGAAAAAAUCCUUAGAUGGAAAGGAGAACUCGAAGCACUAUCUGAGAUAGCAAGGAGCUACAAUACUCGUCACAAAUCUUGAAACACUGGUGUGAUUUUCCCCUUCCCCAGUGUUGAUUUGGGUAUUACAGUCGUCUCACUGCUUCAAACUACGCCUGGCUCAACAUUGCGGAAGGAGAGGGGCAAAUGUAAGUGAGAACGAAGGUGUCAGGAGUGAAUGUAAGAAAUUUGGAGAAAAUUCAAGACAAAUGGCUCCUGUUUCAACGAUUUGUGACGAGUAUUGUAGCCUCAUGCAGCCUACACUGUUUUCUCGAAGGGUUACAAAUCC